AUGGGGAGAUGUGGAGGAGCCGCGAUUUGGUGGUCUCGGGAUGAAGGUGGCCUUUACCUUUGCCAGGCUUGGACUGGAUUAGGGCCCUAUGACGGGAGAUCAUUGGCUGUUACACUUCAAGGCAUGACAAUCGUGCUCCAGUUCUACAUUCUUGGUACGAAGGUGUUCGUAGUUCUCUGUUAUCUUGCCCACACUGGCACUGAGGCGCUCCACCUCUGUCUAGAGAUUCGCCUCUGUUAA